AUGGAGCCAUCAUGGAGUCCGGGAGAAAAGCACAAGCGGUUUGCGCAAUGGGCUUUAUCGCAAGGUAUUCAAGUAAAUGGCGUCUUCCCUGCACGAUUUUCAGGUCGUGGGUUGGGAAUGAUAGCAACCCGCGAUAUUGAAAAAAACGAGACUAUGGUGACCGUUCCCUUUCAAGCAAUGCUUACCGUUGACACCAUCCCCGAAUCCUUUAUCCGCAAGUUUGGAUCUCCUCCAAACAUCUCGGUUCAUGGACUCCUCGCUGCCUUUUUGACCCACGGAGACCCCGAGGACCUCGUGAAAUAUGACCUGUGGAAAAGUGUCUGGCCCACCAGGAAAGACUUCGAGGACAGUAUGCCUUGCCUCUGGCCGCGGGAUUUGCGUAUUUCGAACUCUGAGUACGACGGCGCUGACAUUUCCCAUCCAUCCCGGGCUAUUUUCCUGUCUCCUUCUAUAUCUGGUCGUUGGAAUACUUUGCGUAAUAGAAAAAUUCAGCAAAAAGAAUGUGAAUAUGAGUCGCAUCAUCAGAACCUCCUCGCGCAGCAGGAAAAGAGGUUACGGACUGCUUGGGACAGCGCCCUGGCUGUUUUCCCGGACACAGACUGGGAAACUUUUUCGUAUUACUGGUUUAUUGUCAAUACAAGGAGCUUCUAUUAUGUGAUGCCUGGGAAUGAUCCCCCGGAGGACCGAAAUGAUGCUCUUGCUCUAGUGCCUUUUGCUGACUAUUUCAACCACUCCGACAUAGCAUGCGAUGCGGACUUCAAUGGCAAGGAGUAUACUUUCCGAGCUGCAAAAAGCUACGAAAGAGGUGAAGAAAUCUUCAUGUGCUAUGGAGCUCAUCCUAACGACUUUCUUUUCGCGGAAUAUGGAUUCUUCCUCGAGGAGAAUGAAUGGGAAGUACUAUACCUGGAUGACAUCGUGUUUCGCAUUCUCAGUCCGUCUGAUCGAGACGAAUUGAGACUACAACAGUAUUACGGAAAUUAUCAAAUGACCUCCGCGGGUGUUUGCUACCGAACGGAAAUCGUUGCGUGCAUGAAAUAUAUGACACGCAAAGACUGGCGGAAUUAUGUGCUGGGCAUCUCGACCAAGGGAGUUAAUGCCGCAAAAUCGUUGUCCAUUAUCCAAGGGUGGAUACGAGCAUAUAUGAAAGAGGCCGACAAGACGCUAGCAGCACUGAAUCUGAAGCAGGAGUCUAGCCAGGGGAGUGAUGAGGAUCGAGGGAAAUUGGAGAUGCUUUUGAGGCGCUGGAGACAGAUCAGAGUUCUCUGCGACGAAGCGUUCAAAGCAGUGUCUUGCUAG